AUGAGAGACCGUCUGGAGGAACUGCGUCAGAGGGCCCAGGAGUUCCGGGAGGCGAGCAACAAGGUAGUUGAGACCCCAUUCCCUGAGGAGGACGCUGACCUUGAUGACCAGGCAUGGAUUAGUGGCGCCACCCCGCAACAGGCUGUGGUGUUUGAGGAGGAACCAGUCCUGGACAACUUCCUGUCCGAGGCUCAGCAUAUCCGCUGUGACAUCACUGAGCUGGAAACUGAGGUGAGUGAUCUCACAUAUUCCUCCUAAGAGUGGCCGGAAUUAUAUACACUGUUCGAUCCGCAAAGCCUGCACCUUAGUUUGACUGCAACUUAAUGUCCAUGAGAAUACUGUGAUGAAUUCGGGAGGUGGAAGGAUGCUCUAUAAAUUCUUGUUGUUCUUUUAAAGUUUGACUAAAUCCUCUUCUCCUUCUCCCAAGGUGAAGAAGUUUAGCCAGCAACAAAGGAGCCUGGUGGCAACCAUGCGUCAUUUCAGUGUGAUGAAGAAGGAGAGCAGUGUGACGAGGGACAUCAAGCUGCAGGCAGAGAGCAUCCACAGAAAGCUGGAUGUCCUCUCCAAGAAGGCACAGAGUUUAGAAGGCCUGCAGGGACAGGCUACAGCCACUACACGCAUCCAACGCUCCCAACACGCAGCGCUACACAGACAUUUCCAACAGGUCACUCUCAAAUAGUUAUUCUAACCUUUUAUUUCAAUGGUGUUUUUCUGAUGUGUUCAAUAACACGUGAACGUUAGCAAAAAAAAUAUUUGUUAGGUUAGUUUGCACAUUGUAGCCUUCUUGAAUAUUCGCGAGCACUAGCUAAGCUAACAGCGAACAGAAAUUGAUGUUUUUGGUCUAAAGUACUUUUUCAUAUUUUAUCACACCUAGGUGAUGCGUCUGUACAACGACUCCAUCCUUAGUAAACAGGAGCGUUGUAAACACUUCAUCAUCCGCCAGCUGGAGGUGUCUGGUCGCGAUGUCACCGAGGAGGAAGUGGACGAAAUGGUUGCUGUGGGGAAGUGGGAGGUGUUUAACCAGAACCUCCUCAACAACGAACGCAUCACACGCUCUAAGCUGUCUGAGAUCGAGCAGAGACACAAGGUAAGUGUGAUGACAUUAACAUAGAAAAGUUUUGAUGUGUAAGAGAAUGCAAGACUAUGUUAUCUAAGCAAAGUGAUGACCUUGAUAUCCCUCAGUAAGGGAUAAAUGAGAACUGCAGUAGGAGUCGUAUGUCUGUGACAGACAAACACUAAUGUCGGCUCUAAUUUAGACCAAUUUUACUGUCCAUUCAGACAACCCUUGACUACUGUUCUGUCCUAAUCUUUUCUGUAACUACUAUAGGAGCUGGUGAAUCUGGAGAGCAACAUGAAGGAGCUGAGAGAUCUGUUCAUGGAUAUCUUUAUGUUGGUGGAGGAGCAGGGAGACUACAUAAACCACAUCCAGACCAGCGUAGAGAAGACACAGGACUACGUCACCGUCACUAACGAGAAGUUUAAAAUGGCUGCAAGGUACAGGAAAAAGAACCCUCUGAGGAGGCUGUGCUGCUGUUGCUGCCCCUGGAGGUGAUGCACAUAGAGGAGAGACUGGAGACUGGAGAUACCCCUGGAGGUUUUUCAGAUGGGGAGAGGAUGAACUCUGGUGUGGAGAGUCUACAGGUGCAAAAAUCAACUGCUUACGUUGGUCAGAAAUCAUCCAAGAAUAAUAGGAUUCUAAGAGGAUGUGCAAUUGAAGCAGAGUGGGAGUCAGUGUUUCUACUCCUGAUGGACUGCUGAAGGACUGAUUAACUCAAGACAGAAUGCACUUUGAGAAUCAGCAAGACUGUUUAACUGGACAGAAGUGUUCACAAUGUGGAGACAGCUUGGAUGUUACUUUCAUGAAUCGCUGUUUUACGAUUCAUGUUAGUUUUUCUAUUUACUUAAACUUCAU